AUGAGCUAUUCUACCACAGAUGAGAGAUUGAUGGAUUCACCAAAAAGAACAGAAAGCACAGAUAUCUAAUCUGACGGUUAAAUAUUUAAGAAGGGACUUAAUCCGUCAUUCUUAGGAAUUUAAUAAACAUCGAAAGUCACUGUGUCUAGAAGAUAUCUCGAUACUAAAACUCAUGGAGUUUAAUUAUAUUAUUAGGAAUUUACUCCUUAAUUUGUAGAUGCUCAAGUAAUAAUCGUACAUGGAUUUGGUGAGCACUCAGGAAAUUAUCAAUAAUUGACUGAUUCUUUUCUACUCAACAAUUUUAAAGUUUAUCUCUAUGACCAAAGAGGAUUUGGCUAUUCUGGAGGUAUAAGAGGCUAAGCCACCGUUGAAUAAAUGCACAUGGAUUUAGACAUCGUUUUAUAAUUAGUUGAUAGAUCAGUUCCUUUAUUUAUAUUUUGUCACGCUCUCGGUGCUUCUAUGGUUAUCAGCUUUUGUUUAAUGAAUCCCUCAUUCCAAUUUUAAGGACUUAUUUGUAGUAGUGCUUAAUUACGAGUGCCAGCCAAAUAUGGGAAAAUCAAGAUGCUCACCCUUAAACUCAUGACUAAGUUAUGCCCUGAUCUCCAAGUCAAUACAUACCAAAAUUUAUCAUACGCCUCAAAAAAUAAUCAUCAUAUCAAAAAGCUUGCCACUGAUCACCUCAUGCAUCCUUAUAUGAGCAUCUAAUUUGCAUACAAUGUACUUCUAUUUCAGCAAUUCAUUUUGCCAAAUGCAACUAAAUUCAAAAUCCCUGUCUUGUUAUUGCAUGGGAAAAGAGGACAAAGUUGCAUCGCACUUAGAUUCCCUUGAUUUUUAUAGACUCAUCCAAUCCAAAGAAAAAACACUGAAAAUAUUUGAGCAAGGAUUUCACGAAUUGCACAAUGACUCUGAAUGGUCUAAAAUGAAGAUUCUCAUCACUUAAUGGUGCACAAAAAUGUUAAGCAAAGAUAUUAAAAUGUCUUUUAUGAGAGAACACAAUUACGGAGUUGUUGUUAAACAAUACAGAAGCAAAAUGAGAAUCAUCGUUGCAAUUCUUCUCAUGUUAUUCAGAAAAAAAUAUGCAUGUUUAAAAAUAAGUACUAAAAUUAGCAUCAUAAUAUUUAUAGAGUUACUUCUAAGAGUGUUCAUUUCUAAUUGAAUAUUGUAAAGUUUUAUAUACUAA